AAAGAGGCGGGACUAUCUCCAAGGAUUCGUCCGCGUUGACCUCCGCCACAUCCUUCGUGCCCUUUAAUUCGUACAUUGGCAGACUGGAAAUUUAUCCAGCGAGUUUUAAUUUACUUGUCUAUCUAAAUUAGAAAAUGGCGUUGCUAACACCUCUCCUUGCAUUCCUCUACCACUUGCCGCAGGUGUACAAGUGGCUGCUAAAACCAUACUAUGUCGCGUCUCUGUUCAUGUCAGUCGCGUUUCUCCUGAUCCGCAAGACGCCAGGCAUCUGCGAGCAUCUUUCGACACAACGAGAGGAUGGCAACCCCUGCGACUUUGACUGGAGAGAAGUGGAGAUUCUUAUGUUCCUCAGUGCCAUCGUCAUGAUGAAAAACAGAAGAGCAAUAACGGUGGAACAGCAUGUGGGGAACAUCAUUCUGUUCAGUAAGGUUGCCAACGUUAUCCUCUUCUUCAGACUGGACAUCCGCAUGGGCCUGCUCUACCUCACCCUCUGCAUCGUGUUCCUGAUGACCUGUAAGCCUCCUCUCUACAUGGGCCCAGAGUACAUCAAGUACUUCAGUGACAAGACCAUAGACGACGAGUUGGAGAGGGACAACAGGGUGACGUGGAUUGUAGAGUUCUUCGCUAACUGGUCCCCAGAGUGUCAGUCCUUUGCCGCCGUCUACGCAGACCUCUCCCUCAAGUAUAACUGUGCUGGGCUCAAGUUUGGGAAGGUGGACAUCGGCCGGUAUGGAGACGUGUCUAAGAAGUACAAGGUGAGUACCUCUCCCCUCUCCAAGCAGCUGCCCUCGCUGCUGCUGUUCCAGGGGGGCAAGGAGGUGAUGAGACGCCCCCAGGUGGACAAGAAGUGUAGGGCCGUAUCCUGGAGCUUCACUGAGGAGAACAUCAUCCGGGAGUUCAACCUGAACGAGCUCUACCAGAAGUCCAAGAAACUCAAUAAGUCCAAGGGAGACUGGAGCGACAAGAUCAACGAAUCACAGUUCCCGCCGUUGCACGAAGAGGAGGAGCCCGAAGUCGACGCCCAGGGGGAGGAGACGGAGACCAAGAAGGACAAAUAGAAUUGUCAGGGGUAGUGGCCUCAGAAGAACGCUGGGACAUCACAAUGGGACUUGCUGGUGUUCUGUUCUAUCGAGGGAACAAACAUGAUUGUUACGAAUCCUUUUUUUAUUUUGCUAUGUACAACACGAUUUGAGUUGCAAAAUGUGAUUUAUGAUUAACUCAAUAUUAACUAAUAUCUCAACUGUGCAGUUCGAUUUGUACGUCUCCGUCAUACUUAUGAGUUGCAUCGAUCUUUCCUCCAGUUCCCUGGAGAAACUCUAUGCUCAUCAUUGGAUGUGUCCCAAAUGGCAUUCUAUUACCUAAUAUAGUGCACUAGGGAAAAGGGGUGUGACUUAACAAUUGAAUGCAUUUUAUUUAGGCUUUAAUAUUGGGCACACUACAAUUAUACACUCCAUUCCUAGUGUUUCACUUGAUUUAAAACUUGUCCCAUUUGGGAUAUAGUGUGAAUUUACACUCCGUCCAGUCCAUGCUUGGUGAGACAAAUUGCAUGCACCCAUUGAACUGAAGUUACAUUGGCUUCGUCUGAAAUGGCUUAAUGGUUCAGACAUGGUCAAGUAUUUUAAGCCAGCUACCUACCUUCGACUGGGUCCAUGAUAAUGUGUAUGAGCCACGGCCUCUGACCCAAAAGGUCUUUGAGAGGAAACUUGUUUUAUUUUUUUUUCUCUUCCAUAAGUGGUUGUCACCUUAUAGUUUUCAGUUCAAGAUGAUGCUGGAGUGAACAGAGCAUUUGGCUAAUAACACUAAGUCCAUGUGAGAACUAGACCUGUUAUUUUGUCAUCUACAAAAUAUCAGAGAUAGUUGAGGGAGGCACUGGUCGUCUCUAUCCCUCACUCCCCUCCAUGACAGAAUAUCCCUCACUCCUCUCCAUGAAAGAAUAUCCCUCACUCCUCUCCACCCUGACAGAAUAUCCCUCACUCCUCUCCACCCUGACAGAAUAGGUAGAAUUACAUGUUUACCCAUCUAAACAAUUAACAUUUUGACACCAGCAUCUCUAGGCGAUGUAACAGAACAUUUUACUACCUGUUUGACAUUCCCUUGGUUACUGUAGAAUUGUGUCUCAACCUUCCGUUCAGAAUGUGUAGAUUGAUUCCGUGAAUGAGCCUGCCGCUUGAUGUGUCUGACAUGGUUUUUUUUAUGCAAUAAAAAUGUGUACAUGAA